UCCCCGGAAGUACAUAUUCAACCGGAAAGGGGUCGGGAAGAAAGUAAAGAGAUAAGACUACUAUUCUGUUUUAUUUUUUAUUUUUUUCGAGGUAGGGUCUCACUCUAGCCCAGGCUGACAUAGAACGCACGCACUGUGUAGUCUCAGGGUGGCCUCGAACUCACCGCGAUCCUCCUACCUCUGUCUCCCGAGUACUGGGAUUAAAGGCCUGCGCCACCACGCCCCGCUAAGAUUACUGCGUUUACCGUGGCACGACGGAGUGGGGAAACCGGCACCCGGAGGGUUUGCCAUUUUUGGACGCUCACGGUCGUGAUGUCUUUCAAGAGGGAAGGGGACGAUUGGAGUCAGCUCAAUGUGCUCAAAAAACGAAGAGUUGGGGACUUGCUGGCCAGUUACAUCCCAGAGGAUGAGGCAUUGAUGCUGAGGGAUGGACGCUUUGCUUGUGCUAUCUGCCCCCAUCGACCAGUACUGGACACCCUGGCCAUGCUGACUGCCCACCGUGCUGGCAAGAAGCAUCUGUCUAGUCUGAAGCUUUUUUAUGGCAAGAAGCAGCCAGGAAAGGGGAUAGAGCAAAACCCAAAGCAGCAGAAUGAAUUGAGGAAGGAAGAGACCCAAGCUGAGGCUCCUUUGCUAACGCAUACUCGAAUUAUCACCCAGAGUGCUCUGCACAGAGCUCCCCACUAUAACAGCUGCUGCCGACGGAAGCACAAGGCUGUGGGAUUGGAAAACCAGAGACCAGAUGCCCCUAGGCCCUGUGCCUCCCAUUCGCCUUCACCAGCCCCAGAGGUUGAAGGCCAGAGUGGGAAGAUCAGUAGGGAACCUGAGCCCGAGGCUGGCCCACAGUCCAGGGAGUCAGCAACUCUCUCAGCCCCUGCGCCCGUGAGUCCCACAAGAAGACGCGUCUUAGACCAUUACCUCACUCUUCGGAGCUCUGGUUGGAUCCCAGAUGGCCAAGGUCGGUGGAUAAAGGAUGAAAAUGUUGAGUUUGACUCUGAUGAGGAAGAACCGCCUGAUCUCCCCUUGAACUGACACCCUGUCCCCCAACAAAUAAAUGACAAUGGGCACCGAGGUGCCUGCUGUUCCUCAA